GGCACUCAGUGUUGGACUUUACUCUGGUGCUUCCUCUAUACAGCUCAGCUGCCUAUAUAUACAGAGCCAUGAGCUGAACACUCCAUCCAACAGCUGAAGGCUCAUCCACACAGCUGCGGUCAUGAAGGUCCUCGUGGUGCUCGUCCUCGCUGUUUUUACUGCUAGUUGCAAUGCCAACAUCGUGUGGCAAACCCAGCCCAAGCAGCAGGUCGACAUGGUGAAAGAUGCUUUCUGGGACUACGUUGCCAAGGCAACCGCAACCGCUGAGGACUCCCUGAAGCAGAUCAGACAGUCCGAGCUGGGAAAGGAAGUGAACACCCUCAUCUCUGAGAGCACCGACGCUGUCAACAAGCUCACCGAAGCUCUCCGUACUCAGGUGGCUCCUCUGACCCAGGACCUCAUGUCUAGGUUUACCCAGGAGGCCGAGCAGCUGAAGACCCGUCUGGAGAAGGAUCUGAAAGCUGUGGGAACCAGCCUGCAGCCGUACGCUGAGGAGCUGGUCGCUGACCUCCAGAGGCAGAUGGAUGUUCUGAAGAAGGAUGCCACCCCUUACGCUGAGACCAUGGACCCCGAGGCCCUGAGGGGAGUCCUGCUGCAGAAGAGCGAGGAGCUGAGGGUCAAGCUGGACAAGAGCAUGACCGAGCUGCAGGCCCAGAUGGUCCCCUACACUGAGGAGAUAAAGGAGAAGAUGGAGCAGAGCAUGGAUGAGUUUCAGAGGAGCAUGAUCCCCCUGACUGAGAGCUUCCAGACCCAGCUGACCCAGAAAACCCAGGAGCUCCAGCAGAACCUGGCUCCGUAUGGAGAGGAGCUGAGGUCCAAGUUGGACGCUGAUGCCCGGAUCCUGAAGAAGCAGCUGAAUGCUCUGUGGAAGUCCUUCGCUAAGAUGACCCAGUAAAUGGAUUCAUACCUACCUCAGUUUUACCUCCGUUGAAUCAGGGUGAUGUUUAUGGGACAGAUGAAAAGUGCAAUAUCUUAUUUUCUAUUUAUGUUGAUAAAAAUGCCCUGAAAGGAAUGAUGUCAGUAUUUCCUCUAUUUUGUUACAGUUUACAACUAUAAGCUUUCAUCUGUAAAACAACAAUAAACUGGUUAAAUGUG